AUGGACAUGCCAGUAAAAACAUAUCACAGCACCAUACCAAAGCGAUGCGAUCUACAGUUCACCUCUAUCCGCGACAGACGACUGCCUGUGAUCUCUGCCGUGUGUCGCGAGGCCCGUGAAGUGGUACUCGGGAUCGCCGCCUGCGUCACGGGGGAGCAUACCAACGCAGCUAGUGUGCACUAUCCCAACUGGGAUGCCCAUAAUUGCAACAUGGAUCUCCGGAUUCGCCCUCGCAUUGAUAUUGUGCACCUUCACUGCGCGAGUGAUGGCUCUAAUUUGGCAUUUGGGUUUCCCGGCGGUUCUAUGUUAACGGGCUAUCUGAUGACCUUCGGACGUUUGAAGCAUUGCUACGUCGUUUUGAAUAUCAUCGAGCUUCACAUGGCGAGGAGCAAUGCCGCACAUUCGGGUGUCUUUGGGACACUGGGGGAGGAGACGAUCAAACUAGUCGACCUCAAAGAUCUAUACACUCUCUCCAAGUUCAGAGACGCCGGGGUAAGCUACGGGCCAGGAGCUUUACAAGAUCCGGAAUCCUUACAAUUCUUCUCGGAUACCCUUGACGCCGCCUAG